UGAGUAAUGCCACCGGCGGGCCGUAGAGUGCACGCCUUUGCACGGCCGCCAUGGAACAGGCGUCCUCGCGUGCGUGUCGUCUGCUGCGCCGGCUUCACUUGCACGCAACGCAAGCGGCUGUUUCCCAAGCGCCCACCGCGCGCUAUCGGAAUAGUCUCCGAGUCCCACUAAAAAGGACGGAGCGCUGCGUGACUUUCCUCGGAGCUGAGUGUAAUUGAAAAGUGACUUCCUACUGCGCCGCGACAUAAUGAUAAGGUAUUUGCAGAAAAGCAGCCCUGGCCCAUGCGCCCCGCCAUGUAUUUGAUUCAGCUGCAUAGCCACCUGGACUCAUGCAUGCGUCAUGCGACAAUAUGGGAGCUGGCACAACAGAAAAGCUUGGACCUGGGGUACAAGAGCGUGGAAGAUGUCCGAGAAAAGACAAGACCAAAAGAGGCCACCACACUCGCAAAUUACCUGAAGGAAAUCUUCGUCUUCCUCAAGGUCGUAGUAGGCGACCGGGAGGCCCUGGAGCGAGUGGCGUACGAGGCGGCCAUCGACCAGGCGGCCGUGGGCGUGCUGUACAGCGAGAUGUUUCUGUGUCCUCAGUUGCUCGCCUCCUCGAGCACCACACUGCGAUGGCAAGGGAUGCCGGAGAGCAUGGCCAGCACCAGGCAGGCACUGGACGCCGCGCUAUUGGGACUGCGCAAGGCUGAGCUGGAGACGGGCGCCAAGUUCAGGCUCAUCCUGUCUUGCAGUCGCGGAACGCCCGAGUGGGCGCCCGAGGUUCUGGAGCUCUGCCGUGAGUACAGCGGCCGAGGAGUGGUCGGCAUCGACGUCUGCGGCGUAGUCCUCCCCGCCCAAGGGCAUUCCGCGUGGGUACACCCUAAUGCCAACGAGUACGGCGAAGAGGUCACCGACCCCUUGAUCACCAACACUUUCCAGCGUGCUGUCUCCUGGGGCGUGCAUCGGACCGUGCACGCAGCUGAGGCGGGGCCUCCGGCCACCGUGCUGCGUGCCGUUCGAGAACUCCACGCCGAACGCAUCGGCCACGGCUACCGGGCGGUCGCUCACGGUGGCGACGCCUACCGGCAAGCGUUGGCGGCGGGGGUCCACUUUGAGUGCUGCCCGACCAGCAGCUACCUCACCGGUGGCGUAGAUCGCAACGCUGCGGAGCACCCCGUACUGAGGCUUCGACGUGACGGCGCAAGCUUCUCGCUGAACACCGACAACCCGACGCUCACGCACACGACGUUGGACGACGAGUACCGGCUGGCGCUGAAGCUGGGACUGACGCCCGACGACCUGCUGCAAUGCAAUCAAUCGGCCAUAUCCGCAUGUUUUCUACCUGACGACGAGAAAUGGGAACUGCAGGAAAAGUUCAACCGACUCACCUGUCCAGACUCAGCGAAUGCCUAGUAUGACGUUGUUCGCUGUCUGUGAUGAAAACAGCAAAUAAAACACAUCAAAAGAACCCAACUAACAAAGACACCAAGGACAACACAGAGGAAAUCGCAUUUACUAAUUGAAUU